AUGGCUGACAAGCACGUAUCCGUAGAGUGUAGGAAUGAUUUUGAUGAUUUGCUGUUGGAUCUCAAGGUUUAUGCAGGAAAUGGUUCAACAGGAAAGAAUGGAAGAGACCAAAACUUGUGGCCCAGACCUCUGGCUCAAAAAUGGGUCCCGAUGCUGUUUAUUGGUACCUGCCUCCUCUACUGUGCCCGGAUGGCAAUGCCAAUCUGUGCAGUGUCAAUGGCGUCCACUUUUCACUGGAGCAAGAGCGAUUCUGGACUGGUGAUGGGUGGGUUCUUCUGGGGUUACUGUCUCACACAGAUCCUGGGAGGACAUGCCAGCGACAAAGUGGGAGGCGAGUGGGUCCUGUUCGUCUCUGCAGUCUUGUGGUCUCUGAUCACAGCUGGGACUCCUUUUCUGGCCCGGCUAGGCUCUCAGACCCUCGCUCUCAUGACUUUGGCCAGAUUCCUCAUGGGAAUAUUGCAAGGUGUAUUUUUCCCAUCGUUGGCCAGCCUGUGCUCACAGCGUGUGGUGGAAGGAGAGAGAGGGCUUUUAAUGAGCACCAUGCACAGUGGUAGCUAUCUUGGUACGUUGUUAGCAGGCGGACUGGGCUCCCUGAUGCUGGACUGGUACGGCUGGGAAAGUAUGUUCUACGCCAUCGGUUUCCUGUCUGGACUCUGGGCUCUCAUUGUUUGGAAGUAUUUUCUAAAAGGUAAAGUUGCCCUCAAGCAGAUGGAAAAAAGUGACAACUCAGAAUUGAAGAUGUCAGGAAGACGCUGGAUGAGUCUUUUUAAGAAGCCGUCUGUCUGGGCCAUGAUCUUUGCUCACAUGUGCCAUUGCAGCACAAGCUACACUUUACUGUCAUGGCUACCAACAUACUUCAAAGAAUCAUUUCCUCAUGCCACGGGAUGGGUGUAUAAUGUCAUACCUUGGCUAGCUGCAAUUCCAUUAGCAGUUGGAGGAGGAUUUGUUUCAGACUUCCUCAUCAACAAAGGAUAUAGUGUAGCAUCUGUGAGAAAAAUAAUGCAGUUUUUCGCCAUGGGCGUAUCGAGUAUGUUUAUCAUGCUGCUGUCUGGAGCUGUCAGAUUUCCCUCCGCUGUCAUUUUUGUGUCUGCUGCUGUGAGUGUAUCGACAUUCACCAGCAGUGGAGUGUCUGUGAAUGUGCAGGAUCUCACACCUUCAUGUGCCGGUGCUCUUUAUGGUUUUAUGAAUAUGUUGGGUGCUUUCAUGGGAUUGGUGAUGGUCUCGCUGUCAGGCUACCUGAUUGAUGUCACCCUGUCGUGGACCACAGUGUUCUCUCUCAUCAUUUUUGUAAAUGCUACAGGACUCACAGUCUUCCUCAUUUUUGGAGACGCUCAUCGUGUCGACCUGGAAGAUAACGGCGAGAUCAUCAUGGUCUGA